AUGUAUCGUUUGGCUAAAACACUUUCACGAACAGCAGCAUCACCACUUAUUCAACAUGUUGUACGUCGUUCAUUGGCAAAAGAAAUUAAAUUUGGUACCGAAGCACGAGUACUUAUGUUAAAAGGUGUCGACAUUCUUGCCGAUGCUGUUGCUGUUACUAUGGGUCCUAAAGGACGAAAUGUCAUUCUUGAACAAAGUUGGGGUGCACCAAAAAUUACAAAAGAUGGUGUUACAGUUGCCAAAGGCAUUGAAUUAAAAGAUAAAUUUCAAAAUAUUGGGGCUAAACUCGUUCAAGAUGUUGCAAAUAAUACGAAUGAAGAAGCUGGUGAUGGUACAACAGCUGCAACAAUUCUAGCACGAGCUAUAGCUAAAGAAGGUUUUGAUAAGAUUUCACGUGGUGCAAAUCCAAUUGAAGUUCGUCGUGGUAUUAUGCUUGGUGUAUCAACAGUUAUUAAUGAACUUAAACGUAUGUCUAAAACUGUAACAACACCAGAAGAAAUUGCACAAGUUGCAACAAUAUCAGCUAAUGGUGAUGUUUCAAUUGGUGAUAUUAUAUCAAAUGCAAUGAAAAAAGUUGGCAAAACUGGUGUUAUUACUGUUAAAGAUGGUAAAACAUUAUUGGAUGAACUUGAAAUUAUUGAAGGAAUGAAAUUUGAUCGUGGUUAUAUUUCACCUUAUUUUAUUAAUACAACAAAAGGUGCAAAAUGUGAAUUUCAAGAUGCUUUUCUUUUAUUAAGUGAAAAAAAAUUCUCAUCUGUACAAGAACUUAUUCCAGCUUUGGAAUUAGCUAAUAGUCAACGUAAACCAUUACUUAUUAUUGCUGAAGAUAUUGAUGGUGAAGCACUUACAACACUUGUUCUUAACAGACUAAAAGUUGGUCUUCAAAUAUGUGCCAUCAAAGCACCUGGUUUCGGUGAUAAUCGCAAGAAUACAUUACGUGAUAUAGCUGUUGCUUGUGGCGGUACUGUAUUUGGUGAUGAAGCUAAUUUAAAUAAAGUUGAUGAAAUAACUGUAAAAGAUUUUGGUCGUGUCGGUGAAGUUAUUGUUACAAAAGAUGAUACAUUAAUAAUGCGUGGUAAAGGUGAUCCAUCAGCUAUAGAACAACGUGUAAAUGCACUUAAAGAUGAAAUGUCUGAAACAAACUCUGAAUAUGAUAAAGAAAAAUUACAAGAACGUUUAGCAAAAUUAUCAAAUGGUAUUGCUGUAUUAAAAGUUGGUGGUGGUAGUGAAGUUGAAGUUAACGAAAAAAAAGAUCGUAUUACUGAUGCAUUAAAUGCAACACGUGCUGCUAUUGAAGAAGGUAUUGUACCGGGUGGUGGUGUUGCUCUUUUAAGAUGUCUCAAAGUAUUGGAAGGCAAUGCUGACGCCAUUAAUGAAGAUCAAAAAAUUGGUAAAGAACCUAUUAGAAUUGAUUUAUUUUUUUAUAUCAAUCUAUCGACUUUGUUUUAUCUAGGUAUUGAAAUCGUACGAAAAGCUCUUCGUAUGCCAUGUGCCACCAUUGCUAAGAAUGCAGGCAAAGAUGGUAGUAUAAUUGUUGAAAAAAUACUUGCAUCACCAUUUGAAAUUGGUUAUGAUGCACAACGUGACGAAUUUGUCGAUAUGGUUAAAAGUGGUAUUAUUGAUCCAACUAAAGUCGUUCGAUCAGCAUUACAAGAUGCUAGUGGUGUUGCUUCAUUAUUGACAACAGCAGAAGUUGUUGUUGUUGAAGCACCUAAAUCUGAAAAAGAUGCUGCUCCACCUAUGGGAGGCAUGGGUGGUGGCAUGGGCGGCAUGGGCGGAAUGGGUGGAAUGGGUUUUUAA